AUGGUAGUGAAAGCAAACUGGGAUGUUGCUGUGGAUGUCAGAAACAAAAAUGUGGGAAUUAGAGUGGCUAUCAGGGACUCAAAUGGAGAGGUAGUAGCCUGCCUCUGUUCUUGUUUUGUUAACAUUAGUAACCCAAGUGUGGCCGAAGCUAUGGGGUUAAGGAGAGCUGCUUUUUUGUGUACUGAACUAGAGUUAUCAGACAUGAUAUUGGAAGGGGAUUCUAAGUUAGUUGUGAAUGCUACAAUUAGUGGGGAGGAGAUAGGAGCUGAAUAUGGGAGUAUCAUAGAGGAUGUUAGAAGAGUGAUUAAUGGGAGGUUGAACUGGGGUAUACGGUUUAUAUAUAGAGAAGCAAAUUGUAUAGCACACAAACUAACAAAGUUAGCAAUUAAUUCUUCUGAUGAAAGGGUGUGGUUAGAAGAUAGUCUAAUAGAAAUUAAGAAUGAUAUACUUAUGGAGAAGUAUUGUAAUGACUGA